GGGGUGCACGCGCGGGGAUGGGGGUGCGGGGCGGAUCGGGGCAGCCAACGUCGCGGCCCAGCAGCAGGAGAACGGGGCCGCCGCGCUGCUGUCAGGCCAUUUAGAGACCCCCCCCCUCCCCUCUUCCCCCACAGGCAACCCCGAGCCGGGGCCGUGUGCAGCGCUGCCCGAGCCCUGGCGAGACCGUUCCUGGUGAAACGUUGUAACCGCUUCCCGCAGGCUGUAGAAUGGGGGCGGGGUGAGGAGACGGUCCCUGCAGUUGAGUGACAGGUUUAGUGCUACAGAAGCUACAUGAGGCGCAACAAAUCACCCAAAACCAGUUGCGCGCCCUAUGGGCCAGCUCAGACCUUUCCAUGGAGCUAGCGCGUACGUGGGGGAAUCACUGAAUGCGACUACGCAGACAGGCCAGAGAGUAGACGUGACAGCAGUUCCCUUUCCAGUGGUGUAAAUUUCAAUGGCCAUGGAUGGCGCUAGAAAAGGCCCUUCACAUAGUUAGUGCCCUGUCAUGUGGCUGAGGUCGUUUAAUUCUAGCAGCUGUACUUCAAAACAAUUUGACCUGUCGGGAAAAAGCUACAGGUGACCAGUUUAAUUCCUUUUUCCCGAGGAAAAGUUUCCUAACAGCCACUUUUGGACUCAAAUGUAGCACUGAGCUGUUACCUGCUACCAUUAUGGGUAUCCAUGGAUUAAUGAGCUAUGUGGGAGAGCACAAGCAGUUCUUCACUGAUCUGCAAUUAAGGAAUACAAAAAUAAUCAUCGAUGGAAAUAAUUUGUUUCAUCGGCUUUAUUUUGAAUCAAAUCUAGACCUCCAACAUGGAGGAGAUUACGAUUCUUUUACAGAUAUUGUACACAAGUUUUUUGAAACUCUGUCUGUAUGCAAAAUAUACCCAUAUGUUUUGUUAGAUGGGGGAUGUGACUUGUCGGAUAAGAAGUUUGCAACAUUAAAGGAAAGAGCCAGGGAUAAAAUCCAAGUAGCAUAUUCUAUUUCUAGAGGUGGUGGUGGAAGUGUGCUACCCCUGCUCACCAGAGAGGUGUUCAAGCAAGUCUUGACCAAAUUAGAAGUGCCUUUUGUUCAGUGCUUCUCCGAAGCAGAUAAGGAUAUUAUGUCAUUAGCUAAUCACUGGAAUUGUCCUGUAUUAACAUUAGACAGUGACUUCUGUAUUUUUGAUCUAAAAGCUGGAUAUUGCCCUCUGAAUUACUUUCAGUGGAGAAACCUUUGUACUUGUGAAAGCACUCUAGAGUGCUACAUUCCAGCUCGAUGCUUCUUUUUAGAAAGACUAUGCAGCCACUUCAGUCAUAUGAACAAAGCCCUUCUUCCUCUCUUUGCUGUGAUGAAUGGUAAUGAUUACAUUAAUCUGCCAGCUUUGGAGACGUUCUUCAGCAAGGUGCGCUUGCCGGUUGGAGGCUCUGGUUGGAAGGGGAGGAAGCAUAUCCGCAUUCAGGGACUUCUAAACUGGUUGUCUCGUUUUGCUGACCCCACAGAGGCUAUAGACAACGUACUGAAAUAUCUUAAAAAGCAUGAAAGAGAAGAAAUAAGGGAGCUUCUGUACUCAUCCAUGGAGGAUUAUGGACAGUCUGAUGUGAAUCUUGAGGACUUUUUUCAGAAUGGAAAUUAUGAAUCUGAGGUGGCCAGGAAAUUAGAAUUGCCACAAUGGAUGCUUGAGGCUUUGGCAAAAGGUAAUUUGUCUCCAUUCAUUAGUGAUGCCCUUAUAUUAAGAAGAACAAUCCUUCAUGUCCAGGUGGAGAACAUGCAGAGACCUAGUGCUCACACAGUUGCCCUGCCCAUUCGUCAAAUCAUCUAUGGGCUACUUCUGAAUACCUCUCAAAAUGAUGUUACUUCCCCAAGUAAACAAUCAAACAAGCUCCCAGUUGUCCGAGAAUUUGACAGAGUCCAAAAGACACUUAAAAAAUCUUUUGUUCCAACAACAGUGCUGCCUCUGGAUUUUUGUAAAGACCAUCACCCUUUGGCCACAUUAACUCAGGUGUCCAGAUCAAAUCGACUAGAACUUCUGUUGGAGACAUUAAGAGUAAAAGACAGCAUCCUACAACCCUGCCCCAGUUCCUUGAGGCUCCCUGUCGCUGUAACCUGCUUCUGGACAUAUUACUCAGAACCCAAAGUGAAAUUGCAUCAUUUACAGGCUUUACUCCUAGGAAUGGUAUUUGGGGAAUUGCACAGGACAACAAGUAGCCCAGAUCCUGAAGUUUUCCACAGCAAAGAUGAUAAAAUGCUCUAUGACCAAUUUCUAAAAUGGAAAGAAAAGCAUUUUCAGAAGUUACUGGAUUUAGACACAGCCCACGCUUUCUGCCAGUGGCAAUGCUGCCUACAGAUGGGAUUGUAUCUAAACCAGCUACUCUCGACUCCUCUCCCUGAACCAGACCUAACUCGGCUUUAUUGUGGAAACCUUGUGCACAGAUUAUGUCAAGAGCUUAAAUCAGCACAUGCAGCAGAGACUCUGCUCAUCUCCUCUCCAAAGAUGAGCCAGCUUUAUUGUGAUCUGCUUCAUGCAGUAAAGUCAACUGUACCUCAAGACUUCUUCCAGGAGACAACCACAAAGACCAAGUCCCGCAAAGAAAAAAAUAAGCAAGCACAGACUACCAGACAGCAUGCUACAUUGGAAGCUCAGCCAUUGUGUGAUGUUAACAAUAGGUUUGCAUCACUAAUGGUGGAAGACUGAAAGCAGCACACACGGUAUUCAAAUCAUUGUGCCUUGGGAAUUGAUCAAGUGAAGUGUGUGAACUGCGUAAGAACUUAACUGACCCUUUCACAAAAGUUGAUCCACAUGGAUACAGUGGUUUUUUUCUAUGAUAAUGUUAUUGGAUACUAUCUGAACUUUCAAAAAAUUGUCAGAAGAUGUCAUUGGAAAAAAAAGAAACAAGGUUUGCAGUUAAGGUAAAUCAGUAAGACUUCUCUCCCCCAACUGUAGAACAAAAUAGCUACUACCUCAAAAACUCUUUUUAUUAACAGUGGAAGUAUUUUUUUUCCAGAGAAGCAUAUUUACCUAAAUUAUAUUUAGUAGUAAUUAAUGAGGAUCAUGAAAUUCUGUGUAGGUUUAAUUUGGGGUAGAGGAUGAGAGAACAGCUUUGAUUUACAAGAGAAAACCUAGGUUAAGUAAAUAUUUAUGCAUAUAGGUUUGACAGUCUUAAUGAUUGUUUCUGACAUACUCCUACAAUGCAACAGCUAGUAUUUAGUAUUCUUGUUUCCCUUUAAGUAUCAGUCAUGUUUCUCUCACGGUUAUAAAAGGUUUUGAAACUGCUGGCAUCAUUAGUCAGAGUUGUGGCCAUUGCUCACCAGAAAGUUACGAACCUUACAGUAACUCCAGUUACUUGAGAAGUGCUGUCCUUCUUUGGACACAUUGCAUCCCUUAUGCAUAAGGUGAGAUUCUUUAGAAUAGCAGUGUCCAGUAGAUCAAUAUCUGUGACCCAAGAAUCUUUGCAACAGUUGUAGCCCAGGGCACAAGGAGUGGGGGACAGCGUCAACUGUUUCUCAAUUCUUUUGCCAAUGAAGACUCAAAUUAGUGAGAUUCUUCAAUCUCUUUUCUAUGUGGAAAACAUCUUGAAGAACCUUGGUGGUUUAAGGUAACUGGUUCUUUUAGCUAUCAAGUGAUUUCCAUACAGAUUCCAUCCUUGCUCAAAGAUGGGUAAUAGGACUCCUAUAUAAAUAGAUUCAAGAGCUACAUGCUAACAGAGUUUGAUCUAGAGGCCUGUCUGACAGUAUAGGAGCAUAGUAAAAGUACAAACCAAACAGCAAGUCAUCAUGGCUCAGACAGUGGAAUAUUGUUCAGUGAUGUAGUGGAAGCUGGAGAGGCUCAAAUCAAAUGUGUCCGUGGAGAUCUCUUUGGUAUCAUGCAGUAGCUUUACAUACAGUCUGAAACCCAUUUAGGGAUCUACAAGAAACCACCCUUGCAGUGCCUAAAGAACUGUAAGAAUACCUAACACUCAUGAUGCAAAACAUGCAGCUUCAACCAAGCACUGGUAAGGAACUGAGGGGCCAUAGGGUUGGCAGCACCUAGUCUACCAGUGCCUGAGUUUGGCACUCAAGGGGCACUAAAGCCAACCCUAGAGAUAGCACAAAGGCAAAAAUCUUCUACUGUGCACAUGGGCACCUGAGUAAAUGAUAAAUUGUCCCCAAGUAGUAUUGUAUUCUAAGUACUAAAGAUGUUGAAGAUAGUAUCAAUGCAAUGAGAUUGUAAUUGUAGUGAAUAGUCAUACAGUAGCUUUAAACUGAUCUGUCUGCUUGACAAUUAGGAGUAGAGCCGAAAAGAAUUUCUUCAAGAUAUUUUUUAAAGUGGAGAUUUAAUCUGUUCUCUAAAGUAAAUUUUGACAGAGCUAAUUUAUUUUACAGUUGCAUUUUUAAAAUGUUUUACUGAGUUUGGCUAUGCAGAACAAAUUUGUUCCAAAGUUAAGGUAGGAUUUUGCAUUUUGUUAUUUAGGAUAAAUAUAAUAAUUUACGGGUUAGAGAAAAAAAAUCAAGCAAAUUAAAAUGGAUAUGUAAUAAAAGUUGGUGGAAAAAAAUCAAGAAAAGUUAAGCUCGUAAGUCAUCACGUGACUUAUGAAUUUUUAAUCUCUUGGAUUCUGAUAUCCAAAGUUUGUAUUUACAGUGGAAAUAGAGAGCAUGUUUAUUUUACUGUUAUGCAAAAGGAAGCUUUUGUAAUUAAGAUCACCGUACCAACUUUUUUUAAUGACUUACAUUUAAAUACAAUAGACACCUAUGUACUAGAUUUUAAUACAUUUCACACAUCUGCGCUUAAUUUCCUUUCAAGUGCUGAACACUUCAGUACAGUAGGAAGUUAGAUGCCAUUUAACUAUAAUAGGGUUAUUGUAUUAAAAGCUCAAAGAUUGCUCUGGGUCUGAAGAGAAGGUGCAAACCCCACAGCUAGCUAUGGAAAUGAAGGAACUGAGGUAGCCAGGACUGCACCGCUCUUUUGGAACCUAGGAAUUUUAAAUGUUCUGUGUUGAAAGUGGGCAGCUGUGCCGCCUCAGUCAGGGCUUACUUUCUACAAGGCCCCUGAAGCUCUGUCACCAGAAAUCUCGUGCAUUCUUAAAGUCAGAGCAUGUACAGCCAAUUCAGAGACUUAUUACAUGAUGUUCUCUAGGAAUACUGAGUGUGCGCCAGGUUGCUUUGACCAGGAAGAGGUUCCUAAGAUGCAAGAUGAGGUAGGUUUAGAUGGAUCUAGAAAAGGAGCAUUUAAAACAACAUAAGGAAGCAUUACUGGGUUUUAUAUCUGUUUUAAAAAAAAUCUGAUGUGUUUCAAACAAAUGGGAACAUGUAUCUUUACCCAAUUUGGAAAAACAUUUAACAUAUUGUGCUCAAGAACAAGUUACAUUUUGUGUUUAAACAGGUACUAAUGAGGUAUUAUAUGCACUGCUGCACUCUAAUCACUGGAAGUGCACUUCCCAGAAGCAGAAAGAAGUAUGUCACGUUGCUGAGGAUCAAGACACAUUUUAAAAUCAAUGCUAACUUAUAGAUCCCUGGAGUUGCUCUAAGCUGAUUCCCAGACUGUCGUAAGAGUAGGAGGUCUGGAAAGAGAAAUUCUGUCACUCAGUUAUC